UUAUGUCGUCACUGGCUGCCAAUGAAUUAGGACAGAACGCGGUUAUGUGCUACUUCCCUUGGCUUCCGUACUACCUUAGGUACCACAUUGGGUUUGAUAUUCUUGUUGAUACUCCUGAUGCACAAGGGGAUCCUUCUGUGGCGGGUCAAUCUCCCCGCUUGAUCCAUGUUCAGUUGCACUUUCCAGAUGGGUUUCUCUGUAAUCCUGCUAACUUCGAUGAACUGCCACAUCCCCUUUUCUUUCUAGGUGGUGACCAAGACGUCUACCCUCCACACCCCCAUUUCAAUCUGCCAGUGUACCCAGAUUACUUACAUGCAACUUCACCCUUGAACCACCUUGUACAGAUGUACUUCCACAGAGUUAUGAUGUGCCAAGGACAGCUUGAUACUCGUGUGGUUGUACGUGUCGUAAAUGGUCAGCCUGGGGAAUUUAUGGCAAUUGAUGACACACUAUACGGUGCCAUUCCUCAAUGUAAGGAGUGCGGUGAGUUUCACAGAGAGCCAGAACACGUUCGCAACAGACGACCACAAUGCGGUCGAAAACGCAAGCGUUCAAAGCAGUCGCACAAACAGCCAGGACGUUCACAUCAGCAUCACUCAAAGUCUGGAAUAACAGGUCAACGAGACACACCAUAUCAACCUAGACCCACAAGCAGUGAAAGUGUCGCCACAGACCCCAGAAACCAUCUGCAAAAUCAAGAUGAACCCACACUGAUUCAUCAGAUGGCAGGUGAAGAUCCACAUGGGUUACCUGAAAAGAUGGAAUGAUUACAACACAAAAAGGAGAAUGUCAGAUCAGUUUCCACACGGGCUACUGCUGCCACCAUCAUAAAGAAAAUGGAUCGUUUUGAUGAGGAUGGUCAGAAUAAUGGUGAAAAUUUUGUUCAGGGUGACGAAUACAUAUUUUUUGAUGGGUGGGUAAUAUACAUGGAUUAAAAGCUAAGUAAAAUGUCCAUGUUCAACAGUGAACAUAUAAUAGGGAAUAGCUAUGUCUACGGAAUACAUCACUGUUGGAUGAAUAAGCUUAAUAUGAAAACUUAUACUGAAGCUGUGACAGCAGUCAUACUAUUUUUGUUGUGGAAUUACUAAAGUUAGAGGGGACAAUUACAGCAAAGUAUAACUGGAAAUAGAAGUAGAUAUUUUGGAUGAAUUACACUCUUGUAAUCAGGUUAUUAACCUUUGGAUGUGGUAAGUAAUAUCUGACCUAUACAUCUGUGUUGUUUGUGCACUACAGUUCGAUAUGAUUU